AUGGAGCGAGACUCUGGCGGCUCUCUGGACCUGAGCCACUUGACAGAAGAUGAGCAGACGUCCAUCCUCAAAGUGUUACAGCGAGAUCUGGAGCUGAAGAAUCUGGACGAAGGUCGCUUAAGAAACCUGGAGGAGAAAGAGACAGAUCCCACGCGUUUGCGCUCUUUAUCAGGCGCCUGGUUUAACGAUGAGCGCAGUAAAAGGCACCACACCUGGACAUCUGGCUGCGAUCUCGUUCAUGCGUCUAUGCGCCUCAGAAAGCCAAAACCCAAACUUACAGAAGUGCCACUGACUGGGCUGUUCAAUGGGGAAGCAGAGGAGACGAAGUCAUCACAACAAAAUAACAUUUCACGUUUUGAUAAUGGGCCAAACAAGAUGAGACAAGAAAAUACAACUGGAAGCCAGAACACUUUGAAGACUACACACUUAUUCAGAACAAAAAAACCACAAGAAAAGGUUGUACCAGAAAGCACAGCGUUGUCCAAAGAGUCUGAAAGGAGAACUAAUGGAAGCCACACAGAAGAAAAUGAAGGCAUUGUUAAUGGCUGUGACGAGGACAGUGAUUCUUUCGGCAGCUGCCAGAACGUUAUGGAUCCCGAUUCUUUAAAAAACAGCAGCUCUGGUGGCAGUCUGCACUCCAGCUACACGCUGAGUGGCAGCAUGAUGAGUUUGUUCAGUUCCGGAGACUUUGGUGUGGUGGAGGUAAGGGGACGAAUACUGUUCUCGUUGGUCUACGACGUGCACAGGGAGGAGCUGCAAAUUAAAAUCUUCAGCUGUGAGGACAUUGCAGCCGCGCGAAAGAACCGCUCCGACCCAUAUGUAAAAGCCUACCUGCUGCCGGACAUGUCGAGUCAGAGCAAGAAGAAGACAUCAGUGAAGAAAAAUACUCAAAAUCCAGUGUAUGACCAGACACUCAGAUACAAAAUGCGAGUAGGAGAGCUUCGCAGCCGGACAUUAAACCUGUCUGUGUGGCACGCGGCGCCCCUGGGGAGAAACGUGUUUUUGGGAGAAGUGGAGCUGGCUUUGGGCAGCUGGGACUGGACCUACAGCCAGCCUCUGUGGCAGGAUCUGCAGCCAAGGGUCCAUUUGAGUCCAGACGCCUUAAGCAGUCGAGGAAUUGUUGUGUUAUCUGUCAAAUUUGUCCCUGAAGGAUUUGAGGGUGGUGGCAUGCCGCUGACUGGGGAGGUUCACAUUUGGCUGCGUGAGGCCCAAGGUCUUUUGUCCAAUAAAGGAGGUCCACUGAACUCCUUUGUCAGAUGCUACAUUCUUCCUGAUGCUAGUCGUCAGAGUACUCAGAAGACUCGUAUUGUGAAGCAUUCAAUCAGCCCAACUUUCAACCACACAAUGGUGUAUGAUGGCUUUCAAACCAGUGACCUGAAAGAGGCCUGUGCCGAGCUCACGGUGUGGCAACGAGAGGGUCUGAAGACUCUUAUUCUUGGUGGGAUAAGGCUGAGCUGUGGAACUGGCCAGAGUUAUGGUGAACAAAUUAAAGCAGUGUGUGUGAUUUCAGUCGAAAAAGAUGAGAUUGAGUGUCUAAUCCGAGAGUUCCAGUCGCUCCUGGGGGAGCAGAGUGCUCAUGGGAAGCCUGUCCCGGGGCUGGACAGGGGGAAGUUCAGAAGUGUGCUGCACCAUGCCUUUAACAUGACCGACGGCAUGAUCAUGGACGGGGUUUUCAGAACCUUUGACAAGGACAAUGAUGGAUUUUUGAAUGUUAAAGAGUGGAUCACCGGCUUGGCUGUGUUUCUACGUGGGACAAUAGACGAAAAAAUAAAAUACUGUUUCAUGGUUUACGAUUUAAAUAAUGACGGAUAUAUCUCCAGAGAUGAGAUGUUUCAUUUACUGAAGAACAGCCUCACCAGUCAGCCUAAUGAAGAGGACCCCGACGAGGGCAUAAAGGACCUGGUGGAAAUCACACUGAAGAAAAUGGAUCAUGACCAUGAUGGAAAAUUAUCUUUAAUGGAUUUUUACACAUCGGUAAAAGAGGAGAACCUGUUACUUGAGGCUUUUGGACCAUGCCUUCCAGAUUUAACGGCUAUUCAUGCAUUCAACAAUCGCAUAUUUACAGAAGAAGAGGAGCAGUAA